CAGACUAUUGAGUGUUGUUGGUCGACAACAAUUCACAAUGUGGACACUGGUUGUUAUCACGAUGGUUGUGUUGGGUGUUGAUGCCAAGGGAAUCAAACUUUACCUCUCAGAUGAGAUGAAGUCCAUGUUAGAGAAAUCUGACUGGGACCACCAAGACACAGCUCUGUCCAUUCACGGUCCAAUGACUCUAGAUAUCCAAUCCAGCUUUAAACUGAAGAAGGGACAUGUCUUCCUAAACAUGCUAAAAUCACGAGUCAACAGAAAAUACAGGGACUGUGCUGACAUAAAGAAACACAGACCGUCGAGUAGAGACGGGGUGUACACAAUUUACCCAACCCCGGGGACAAACAAGACAGUGUUCUGUGACAUGACCACUGACGGUGGGGGAUGGACGGUAAUUCAAAGGAGAAUAGAUGGGAAAACAGACUUCUACAGAAAAUGGAAAGAUUACAAAAACGGGUUUGGUCACGCCGAUCAUGAGUAUUGGUUGGGAAAUGACGCUAUUCAUGCAUUGACAAACAAAAAGAAACAAAUUCUGAGAAUUGACCUGGUGAAAUUUUCUGGAGAGAGAGCUCAUGCAGUUUAUUCGUCAUUUUUUGUUAAUGACGAGGCUAACAAGUACAAACUGGCGCUAGGGAGUUUUAACGGAACCAAGGGAUUGGGCGAUAGUUUGACGGUCCGUAGCAACAACAUGUACUUCAGCACUAAAGAUAAAGAUAAUGACAAAUGGGAUGGCAACUGUGCAGUAAGCUAUACAACUGCGGGAUGGUUCAAAGCUUGUUUUCAUGCCAAUCUGAAUGAUGAGAUGAAGUCCAUGUUAGAGAAAUCUGACUGGGACCACAAGGACACAACAUUGUCCAUUCACGGUCCAAUGACUCUAGUUAUCCUAUCCAGCUUCAAACUGAAGAAGGGAGAAGUCUUCCUUAAAAUCAGAGUCAGCAGACACAAGGACUGUGCACAUAUUAAGAAACACAGGCCGUUAAGUAGAGAUGGAGUGUACACAAUUUACCCAACCCCGGGAACAAACAAGACAGUGUUCUGUGACAUGUCCACUGAUGGAGAGGGAUGGACGGUUAUACAAAGGAGAAUUGACGGGAAAACAAACUUCUUCAGAAACUGGAAAGAUUACAAAAAAGGGUUUGGUCACGCUGAACAGGAGUACUGGUUGGGAAAUGACGCCAUUCAUGAAUUAACAAAAGAUAAGAAACAAAUUCUAAGAAUUGACUUGGUGAAAUUUUCAAAAGAAAGAGCCAACGCAAUAUAUUCGUCUUUUUUCGUUGGUAACGAGGCUAACAAGUACAAACUGACUCUUGGAAGUUUCAACGGAACUAAAGGUUUAGGUGAUAGUUUGGGCAAGGUUAGCAACAACAUCUACUUCAGUACUAUAGAUAAUGAUAAUGACAACAAAAAAGGCAACUGUGCAGAGGACUACAAAACUGCAGGAUGGUUCAACAAUUGUUUUCAUGCCAAUCUGAAUGGGCCGAUCCUAAAAGACUCGCCGAAUGAUGCAAAGAAUUUAUGCUGGUUCGACUGGGGAUCCUCCUCGUGGAGAUCGCUGAAGUCGGCUAAAAUGAUGAUACGACCAAUGUAA